AUGUUGCUUCCUGUAACUCAAUUCCACUUCUUCCACACUUUUCCUUCUUCUCCUUCUUCUCAUUUUUUCCCUCUUCAAUUCCCUAAAACCAAAACCAAAACCAAAUUCCUCGUUCGUUGUUCCACUUCCAACUCUCGAACACGAAUCCGGACCCGUCCCUCCUCCGCCAUUGAACAAAUUGCGGAAAAGCUCCGCAGCCUCGGCAUCACCGAAUCGCCUCCCUCUUCAUCUGGCGGCGAAAACCGCGUGCUGUUCCCGCACGAACUCCCUAAGCAGGGCGGGGGUCAAACGUUCGAGCCAAGCUGGAGCACGCCACUGAACCCGGUGCCGGUCCCUGGGAGCGGCAUCGCGGCGAUGAGUGCGAGCGAGGUGGAGAGGCGGAGGAAGCGGAGGGAAGAAGAGUUGAGGAGGAGGAGGGAGAUGGUGCCUACGCUGGCCGAGCUGAGCCUUCCGAACUCCGAGAUCCGGCGGCUGACGACGCUAGGGUUCGCGGCGAGGCGGAAGGUGCGGCUUGCGAAAGCCGGCGUCACGGAGCGGAUUGUGAACGUGAUUCACGAGCUGUGGGAACGCUCCGAGGUGGUGAGGAUCCUUUGUGAGGAGUUUUGUAGAUUUGACAUGAGAAGGACUCAUGAUUUGUUGGAGAGAAAAACUGGAGGCCUUGUUGUUUGGAGAUCUGGAACUAAGGUAAUAUUGUACAGAGGGACUGAUUAUAAGUAUCCUAACUACCUAUCAGAUAAAGUUUUGAGACAAGACAACCCUAGUGAUGAUACUUCCCAGCUUGUCAGUGGUGAUGGUAAAUAUUGUGAUAAAAGCGAGAGUCACUUAUCUGAAUCAAAAUCAGCAGCACGUGCUGUGGAAAAUUCAAAUUUCGAAACAGCAAAACCUGCAUUAAUACUAGGUGUUGGUACUCCCAAUAAAGUGCGAUUUCAACUGCCAGAUGAGGCAGAGCUAGCCGAAGAUACAGGAUGCUUGCUAAUGGGGCUUGGGCCACGAUUUACUGAUUGGUGGGGAUGUGACCCUCUGCCUGUUGAUGCUGACCUUCUGCCUGCCGUUGACCCUGGUUACAGGAAGCCUUUUCGUCUUCUUCCAUAUGGUGUGAAUCCAAAAUUAUCAGCUGAUGAAAUGACCACAUUGAAGAGACUAGGCAGACCUCUACCUAGUCAUUUUGCAUUAGGGAGAAACAGAAACCUUCAAGGAUUGGCUGCUGCAAUUAUUAGGCUUUGGGAAAGAUGUGAGAUUGUCAAGAUUGCUAUAAAAAGAGGUGUGCAGAAUACUAGCAGUAAGAUAAUGGCUAAAGAGUUAAAGCGUCUGACUGGAGGAAUUCUCCUUUCUCGUGAUAGAGAAUUCUUUGUUUUCUAUAGAGGAAAGGACUACUUGCCAGCUACUGUGUCUUCAGUUAUUAAAAAGCAGAGGAAAAUUAGAAUGCACAAACUGAAGGCUGGAAACAGUUCAUCAGCUAAAGUCACUCCAGAACAGAAAGAGGGAACCAUAGAGUGUGAUUCUGAAGUAAAGGUUAUGAACUUCCAGAAGGAUACUAAACGACAAAUGUUGACAAAGGCUGAGUUAGCUAUUAAAAGAAUUGGCAUCAAAUUUUCAAUGGCCUUAGAAAAGAAAGCAAAGGCUGAAAAACGUCUAGCAGAUAUAAUAAAUGCAGAGAGUCCCCAAGAGCAAGAGCUAGAUAAAGAGGGAAUUACUAAAGAAGAGAAAUACAUGCUGCGGAGGAUUGGUAGACGAGGGGUUUUUGAUGGAACAGUAGAAAAUAUGCAUCUUCAUUGGAAGUAUCGGGAGCUUGUGAAGAUAAUAUGUAAGGGAAGCCUGGAAGAUGUCUAUCAGAUAGCUCUGACCUUAGAGGCAGAAAGUGGUGGAAUAUUAGUGGCAGUGGUGAGAGUGAGAAAGGGCUUUGCAAUCAUUGUGUAUCGUGGAAAGAAUUAUAGUGCCCCUCCUUGUGUGAGGCCUCAAAAGCUUUUAAAUAAAAGGCAAGCUUUGAAGCGUUCCAUUGAGGCACAGCGCCGUGAGUCGUUGAAGCGUCGUAUUUUGAUGCUAGAUAAGAAAAUAAAGGAACUGAAACUUCAGAUGGUUGAAGAUAAGGAGGCUAACAGUAAUCAAAUAGUUGAAGCAUUCAGAUUUGACAUGGCUACAGACAAACAGGACGCUUGUGCGAAUUCCAUAAAUUGGAAUUCUCCUAAAGAAGCUUCUGCUGCCAAUCAACAAACAAUACAGGGGCAGCCAGUUGAGCUGACCGAUGGUGGUGGACCUCAUCAAGGUGAACAAGAAAAUUCCAUAAAUUGGAAUUCUCCUACAGAAGCUUCCGUUGACAAUCAGCAAGCAAUACAGGAGCAGCCAAUUGAGCUUAUUGAUGGAUGUGGAGCAAAUGAUGGGGAACCAAAUAUUUCCAUAAAUUUGAAUUCUCCUAAAGAAGCUUCUCUUGAAAAUCUAAAAGCAACAGUGGAGCACCCAGUUGAGCUAAUUGAUGGAUGUGGAGCUCAUCAAGAUGAACCAAAAAAUUCCAUUUAUUCGAAUUCUCCUAAAGAUGCUUCUGUUGACAAACUACAAGGAAUACAGUAUCAGCCAGAUGAGCUGAUUGAUAGUGGUGGAGCUCAUCAAGGUGAACCGGAAAAUACCACAAGUUGGAAUUCUUCUAUAAAAGCUUCCAUUAGCAAUCUACUUAUACAGGAGAAAGCGGUAGCAGUUGAGCUGAUUGAUGGUGGCGGUGCUCGUCAAGAUGAACCAAAAACUUGGUCUAGUUUGAUUCAUAAAGAAACACAAUUGGAUGAAAUGAGUGAUUCGGUGGCUGAUACUGAACAUUGCAUCUCCAAUAGCAACAAGGCAAUGGAGCCAUCAGACUCAUCAUCAAAAAAUGAUCUUGAACCAUCAGUUCCAGUGAUAAAUAUGAGUUUUCCUUCUAGAUCUCUGCAUUUUUCAACCAAAGAUAGGCUUCUUCUACGGAAGCAGGCCUUAAAGAUGAAGCAACCUGUUGUUUCCAUAGGAAAGAGCAAUAUUGUGUCUGCUGUUGUGCAAACAAUUAAAGCUCACUUCGAACACCUCCCUUUUGCUAUAGUUAAUGUCAAAGGAAGGGCAAAAGGGACCUCAGUUCAGGAGCUGGUGUUCAAGCUAGAGCAAGAAACAGGUUCCCUUCUAGUCUCUCGGGAGCCUAGUAACAUCAUACUUUAUAGGGGUUGGCCAGCCGAUGAACCUAUCCCUGCAAUUAAUGAGUACGUUAUCCAUGUCUGUGUCGAUGGAGUAACUAGCUGCUUCUCCCAAAUGUUGCUUCCUGCAACUCACUUCCACUCCAUUCCUUCUUCUUCAUCACCACUGCACAUUUUCCCUCUUCAAUUUCCCAAACCCAAACUCAAAUUCCUCAUUCGCUGCUCCGACACCCAAACCCUCCCCGACUCCGCCAUUCAACGAAUUGCCGACAAGCUCCGCACCCUUGGCAUCGCCGACCAGCCCUCCGACGCUCCUCUUCCCGAUCCUCCCUCCGGAGCCGGCGAAAUAUUCGUGCCGCUGCCGCAGCAUCUGCCGAAGCGGCGCGUGGGGCACACGAUCGAUCCGAGCUGGGCGAAGCCGGAGAAGCGGGUACCAACGCUGGCGGAGCUGAGCCUGUCGAAUGCGGAGAUCAGCCGGCUCACGACGGCGGGCUUGAGGAUGAGGCAGAAGCUGCGGGUGGGGAAGGCGGGGAUCACGGAAGGGAUCGUGAACGGGAUUCACGAGCGGUGGAGGAGUUCCGAGGUUGUGAAAAUCGCGUGCGAUGAUCUCUCUAGGUUUAACAUGAAAAGGACUCAUGACUUGUUGGAGUGCUCUGUGGAAAUAGCACAAGGUUUGGAGUUGGAAGCCCCGGACAUAAAAACUGGAGGGCUUGUUGUUUGGAGAUCUGGAAGUAAGAUAAUAUUAUACAGAGGGACUGAUUAUAAAUACCCUUACUUCCUAUCAGAUAAAGUUUUGAGAGAUGAUCACAGUGAUGACGCCUUGCAACAUUUGGAUGAGGAUGAAAAAAGUUGGGAUAAAAGAGAGAGCCACUCAUCUGAAAAGAAUUCAGUGACAUAUACUGGACAAAGUUCAAAUGCCAAAACGGUAAAACCAGCUCUGAUACAAGGCGUUGGGACUCCCAAUAAAGCACGAUUUCAACUGCCAGGUGAGGCAGAGCUUGCAAAAGAUGCAGACUACAUGUUAACAGGAAUUGGGCCACGAUUUGUUGAUUGGUGGGGCUAUGACCCUCUGCCUGUUGAUGCUGAUCUUCUACCAGCUGUUAUUCCUGGAUAUAGGAAGCCUUUUCGCCUUCUUCCAUAUGGUGUGAAGCCAAAACUAACAGAUGAUGAAAUGACCACAAUGAGGAGACUGGGCAAACAUUUACCAUGUCAUUUUGCAUUGGGUAGAAACAGGAAACUACAAGGAUUGGCUGUUGCAAUUAUUAAGCUUUGGGAAAGAUGUGAGAUUGUCAAGAUUGCUAUAAAGAGAGGUGUGGAGAAUACUAAUGGUGAGGUAAUGGCUGAAGAGAUAAAGUAUCUGACUGGAGGUACUCUCCUUGCUCGGGAUAAAGAAUUCAUUGUUUUCUAUAGAGGAAAGGACUUCUUGCCAGCUGCAGUGUCAUCAGCAAUUGAACAACGGAGGAUGUAUAAACUGAAGACUGCAAAUAGUUUGUCAGUUACUGAUGCUCCAGACCUGAAUGAUGGAACCAUAGAGUGUGAUUCAGAAGUAAAGGGUAUGAACUUCCAGAAAGAUGCUAAACAAGGAAUAUUGACUGAGGCUGAGAAAGCUAUUAAAAGCACCAGCGUAAAAUUGUCAAUGGCACUAGAAGAGAAAACAAAGGCUGAAAAACUUCUAGCAGAGCUGGAAAAUGCAGAGAGCCCCCAAGAAGAAGAAAUCAAUAAAGAGAUUAUUACUGAAGAUGAGAAAUACAUGUUGCGGAGGAUUGGCUUGAAGAUGAGUCCCUUCCUGUUACUAGGUGAUGCUUGA